CACCGUGUCCCUCACACGGACCCCCCAACCUCUGCCACCAUUAAAAGGCAAGCCAUGGAGGAGCUGAGCGCUGACGAGAUUAGACGGCGGCGCCUCGCUCGACUUGCUGGAGGCCCAUCCUCACAGCCUACAACUCCGCUAACUACUCCACUCACUUCACCACAAAGAGAGAACCCGCCUGGACCACCAGCCCCAUGUGUGUCCCACCAGCUUGGCCUAAAUGUUCAUGGCAUGACCCCAGCUACCUCACCAAUUGGUGCAUCCGGGGUGGCCCAUCGGAGUCAGAGCAGUGAAGGAGUCAGCUCACUCAGCAGUUCUCCAUCAAAUAGCCUUGAAACACAGUCUCAGUCUCUUUCCCGUUCACAAAGCAUGGAUAUUGACAGCGUGGCUUGUGAAAAAAGCAUGUCCCAGGUGGAUGUGGACUCAGGAAUAGAAAAUAUGGAAGUCGAGGAGAGUGAUCGCAGGGAGAAAAGAAGCCUCACAGAUAAGGAACCUUCUGCUGGAACUGAAGUAUCGGAGGAGCAGUCCUUGCAGCUGGUCUGUAAGAUCUUUAGAGUUUCCUGGAAGGAUCGAGAUAGAGAUGUGAUUUUCCUGAAGUCCCUUUCCUCUCAGUUUAGGCAGAAUCCUAAAGAAGUAUACUCCUCUUUUAAGGACUUAAUUGGCCAGAUUUUAAUGGAAGUAUUGAUGAUGUCCACUCAAUCAAAGGAUGAAAACCCAUUUGCCAGCCUCACUGCCACAUCGCAGCCAAUUUUAGCUACACGGAUACCUGAGCGCACCCUAACGCUCAACACUGCAUCCAAUCCUGGCACUAGCCCCAUGUUCUGUAACACUGGCUCCUUCGGUGCCAGUUCUGCAUCCAGUCUGUAUGCAUUUAGUCCAGAUAGUGGCAGGUUUCCUGUUGGCACACCACUAGCUGGUGGUUCACCCGUCUUUUCAGUACCUUCUGUCAACCCACCCACAUCAGGGCAAUCUAUUCCUGGAAGCCCUCAACCUGGUCAGGCACGCCCGUCAGGGGCUCAAGCCGCAUCGCCACAAAACAGCUUGGGCACUGUCACCCACUCAAGGCCAAUGCCUAUUCCUUCCAGUUCAAGAUCUCACAGCAUCUCUCCUGUUAUGCAUAUUUCACCAAGCCCUCGAACGGCUGUUUACAACUCUCCUAGACAAAGAUCUGCAGCCUCAGGUGUACCCCUCUAUUCACUGUCUCCUGGAGUCUCCCCAAGACAAAGGAGGAUUCCGUCGAGUAUGUAUGGCAGCAGCCCCAUGUCUCCCCUCUUCCUCACCCGUCCUGAUGAGACUGUGGACAGCAGUGAUGAGGAAAAUGAUGAAGAAGAUUUUUCUAGUGUCCAGUUUGGGUCCAGUGGGACAAGUAGCACAGAGUCCUAUAGUGAUCACUUUACAAUUGAAACUUGCAAAGAGACCGAAAUGCUAAACUACCUCAUCGAGUGCUUUGAUAGAGUGGGGAUAGAGGAGAGAAAAGCCCCAAAGCUUUGCAGCCAACCAGAUGUGAGCCAGCUUCUGAGCAGCAUUCGAUCACAAUGUAUUUGCCAUGCUGCUUUGGUGUUACAAGGAGCACUCACACAGCCAAGGCCUGCACAGCAGCCGUCUCUCUUGCUGCCCUACAUGCUUUGCAGAAACCUGCCAUUUGCUUUCAUCCAAGAGCUUGUGAGGGCCACAUAUCAGGAUGAAGACGUGUUUAAGCAGAUUUUUAUUCCCAUUCUUCAAGGCUUGGCUCAGGCUGCUAAAGAGUGUUCGUUGGACAGUGAUAACUUCAAAUAUCCCCUGAUGGCAUUAGGUGAGCUCUGUGAAAUAAAGUUUGGGAAAAUUCACCCAGUCUGCUCUUUGAUCACAUCCUUGCCUUUUUGGUUACCCAAACCACUGAGUCCUGCCACCGGACGGGAGCUGCAGCGCCUUUCCUAUCUUGGUUCAUUUUUCAGUCUCUCAGUCUUUGCAGAAGAUGAUAAUAAAGUAGUUGAGAAAUACUUUUCUGGACCAACAAUAACUCUAGAAAAUACCAGAGUGGUCAGCCAGUCUUUGCAGCAUUACUUAGAGUCUGCACGGCAAGACUUGUUCAAGAUUCUUCACAGUAUCCUGCUUAAUGGAGAGACCCGGGAGGCGGCUCUGAACUACAUGGCGGCUCUAGUGACUGGCAACAUGAAGAAGGCACAAAUGCAGACAGAUGACCGACUGGUGUCAACUGAUGGAUUCAUGCUGAAUUUCCUCUGGGUACUGCAGCAGCUCAGCACCAAGAUCAAGUUAGAAACUGUGGAUCCAAUGUACAUCUUUCACCCUAAAUGCCGCAUUGCUCUGCCGAAUGAUGAAACCCGCAUCAAAGCAACAAUGGAGGAAGUAACAGCUUGGAUAUCUGAGCGCAAUCAAGAUCCAAUGUUGUUUUCUGAGCCCAAGUUCCCAACUGAAUGCUUCUUCUUGACUCUGCAUGCUCACCACCUUGCCAUUCUUCCAAGCUGCCGGCGCUACAUACGGCGCCUGAGAGCCAUCCGUGAACUGAAUAGAACUGUGGAAGAGCUAAAGAACAACGAAACUCAGUGGAAGGAUUCGCCUUUAGCAGUCAGACACAGAGAGAUGUUAAAACGCUGCAAAACUCAGCUGAAGAAAUUGGUCCGCUGCAAGGCCUGUGCUGAUGCUGGUUUGUUGGAUGAAAAUUUCCUUAGAAGAUGUCUCAAUUUUUAUGGCAUGGUGAUCCAACUAAUUCUGCGUGUAAUGGCCCCUUCUUUUCCCAACAUUACACUGCCUUUAAACCCGGACGUUCCCAAGAUGUUUGCGGUACUUCCAGAGUUUUAUGUAGAAGAUGUAGCUGAAUUUUUGUUUUUUAUUGUGCAAUACGCUCCUCAGGUUCUGUUUGAGCCCUGUACACAAGAUGUUGCAACAUUCUUGGUGGUAAUGCUGUGCAACCAGAACUAUGUCCGCAAUCCUUACCUUGUGGCUAAACUGGUUGAAGUUAUGUUUGUAACCAACCCUACCAUCCAACAUCGAACGCAGAAGUUCUUUGAAAUGAUCGAAGGGCAUCCUUUGUCUACCAAGCUACUUGUGCCCUCUCUAAUGAAGUUCUACACUGAUGUUGAACACACCGGCGCCACCAGUGAAUUCUAUGAUAAGUUCACAAUUCGUUACCACAUUAGCACAAUAUUUAAAAGCCUCUGGCAGAACCCGGCACAUCACGGCACAUUUAUGGAAGAGUUUAACUCUGGAAAGCAGUUUGUCCGAUACAUUAAUAUGCUGAUAAAUGACACCACUUUCCUGCUGGACGAAAGUUUGGAGUCCCUGAAACGUAUCCAUGAGAUGCAGGAGGAGAUGAGAAACAAAGAACACUGGGAUGCACUGCCUCGAGAUCAACAACAAGCAAAACAGUCCCAACUGGCACAGGACGAACGUGUUUCCAGGUCAUACCUUGCUUUAGCUACCGAGACCGUAGAAAUGUUCCAUAUUCUUACGAAGCAAGUACAGAAGCCAUUCCUGCGACCUGAGUUGGGCCCUCGGCUUGCAGCCAUGCUAAACUUCAACUUACAGCAGCUUUGUGGACCGAAGUGCCGAGACCUGAAGGUAGAGAACCCAGAAAAAUAUGGAUUUGAACCAAAGAAGCUUUUGGACCAGCUUACGGAUAUUUACCUCCAUUUAGACUGUGCCCGGUUUGCGAAAGCCAUUGCUGAUGAUCAGAGGUCCUACAGUAAAGAACUUUUUGAAGAAGUCAUUUCCAAAAUGAAGAAAGCUGGAAUCAAGUCAACUAUUGCUGUGGAGAAGUUCAAGCUUUUGUCCGAAAAAGUGGAAGAGAUAGUGGCCCGAAAUGUACGGGCCGAGAUAGAUUACAGCGACGCCCCGGAUGAAUUUAGAGACCCCCUUAUGGACACACUUAUGUCUGAACCAGUGAGACUUCCAUCUGGAACCAUCAUGGAUCGAUCCAUCAUUCUGAGACACCUUCUAAAUUCUUCCACUGACCCCUUCAACCGUCAGACGCUGACGGAGAGCAUGCUUGAACCAGUGCCAGAACUCAAGGAAAGAAUCCAGGCUUGGAUGCAGAACAAGCAUAACGCAGAUCCAUGAAUCGUGUUCCUCCGCAUCCAAGACUUCCCAUGAAACAUAUGGAGCCUUGUACAUAUAUUUAAAUUCACACAAAUUAAAACGCUCACCUGAUACGUGAAGGGGGGGUGGGUAUAUUUUCUUAACACGGGGCCAGCGUACUGUACAGAAAACAGAGGCGCACUUUCCAUUCAUAUGAAGCAGGUGGAACAGAAAGAUUAAGUUUUGAUCACGAGCCAAACCGCAUUAGCACGUCAUUUACCUGUUUCUUUGGGUUUUUAUUUUCUUGUUGCUGCUACAAGGUUAUGUUUUUUGUUUUUAUUUUGUGUUAUUUGGGG